GCCUUAUAGCAAUGAUAAUGGGGGCGCUUAACAUCAUUGAUGAUAAGUUCCAAUUUCACUAAUAGCUUUAGCAAAGAUUCAAAGCAUUAGCAAAGAUUCAAAGCAUAGUAAUAUAAUUCUUUUCAUUUGGAUUUAUAGACUGCACUCUCUGCUCAGGUGUGAGAUUGUGAAGCAUCUCCACCAUGGCGUCGGACAAUGAAGAUGAGAAGCAGCUAGUUGUGAGGGUUAAAAGAAAACGGCUGCAGGCUCCACUCGACAUGCUUUGGGUGGAGAUCAACGACAGAGCCGGGAAGCGCCAACAUACAGAUCUCUCUCAUUCUUUUGGUGGACUCACGCUCUCAUCUUCUCAGGGAGUACCAGCAGUCAGGAAAUUGUUGUUUCAUCAUGUGGAGACAGUGAACUGCUCAGAUGAACAAAAAGGGCUCCUAGAAUCAGUUCUGAUUUUAAUACUCAUGGGUUCUUUGCAGCAGAAUACGAGAAAGGACAAGAAGUUUGAAGAAAGGCACAAGGAACAAAGGGAAGACAUAAAGAAACCAAAGGAUAAACAAGAUCAAUUGCGGUUAUCAGCAAGGCAAAAGCAUGAGAUUGAUGCCAAAAGUGCUCGCUUUGAGCAAGUUUGGAGAAGCCGCAGAGGAAUUUCUGAAUGCUCUAAUGAUAGUGCCAUCAACGAAUUAUACCAUCUUUAUGAUGUUGUUCGUGUGGAUGAGGAAGAAAUGGGCAUGAAGUUCUCAAGCGAAGAGAAAGCUAAAAGAGAAGCUACAUUACAUGAAGAUCAAUUGUUAUGUAAUUAUCUACCUUUGUUGAGAGAAUAUCUACCUUCUGCUGCAUCUGAGUUUGAAGCUCAGUUACGUACCUCAAAGACUAGUGAAACAGAUGACUAUGUUUAUGAUGUCUACGCUUUGGAAAAAAAUGGGAAGGUAGCUGAAGAUGUUGCAACUGAUUAUCCAUUGGUGCAUGUAGAGGAUGAUGAGUUUUACUGUGAAGAUCUAGUAGAAUCCGAUGUUGACAGUGAUGAUUCCAAUGAUGAGAACAAUCCAUUGAAUGACUACCCUGAAGAGGAAUCUGAAAUUGAAGAUGAAAUUCAAAGUAAGGAAUCCUUUGAGCUUGACGAAUGGGAUGAUGAGGAUGGUAAAGAUUAUGAUGUUUCUGUGAAUGAUGAAGAUGACAGGAGAUGGAUGUUCCGUAAAUGAUCUUGAUUUCCCUCCUAACCCAUAAAGUGCCUUGCAGUGGUAGUGUCAUAUAGUUAUAUCUUUGUAUGAUAAUUCUCGUUUCUGGAAUGUUUUGAUUUCUGCUGGUCAGAAUGCUUGAAUGAUGAAUCUUUAAUCAUAAUUCAACUUGAGGAAAAUGUAAAAUCUAGAAGUGUUCAGAUGCAGAGAUAGAGUAAUGGAUCUUGUGAAUUCACUUUUUGCAUUUUUGUUGAUUUGAGAAGGUUUGAAGAAUGGUUAAUUGGACUAUGUAACAUAUGAGUUUCUCAUUGGAAAGAAGGGUUUAUAAAUUUAA